AUGGUUGCUGACAUUAUCGCAGCUCGUGUUCGGGACAGACCACUCACACGUCCAACUGAUGUCGUCUUAGAUUUGAAAGACGAUGUCAUAGCAGUCUGCUCCAUGUUGGAGGAUAAGGGAUGCACGUGGUCUGUACAUGCUCGGGUGUUGAAAGCGAAUCAAUUUUUCUACAUUCGCAAAUUGAACAGUGUGCAUAGUUGUGGUGUAUCCGUCCGGACAUCAAAUCAUCCAAGGGUUGGAUCUGAUAUGGUUGCUGACAUUAUCACAGCUCGUGUUCGGGACAGACCACUCACACAUCCAACUAAUGUCGUCUUAGAUUUGAAAGAUGAUUAUGGGUUGGACGUCAACUACCGAGUUGUGUGGUUAGGCGUUGAGAAGGCAAGGAGGGAAUUGUUCGGUGCCCAUUCCGUAUCAUUCGACCAAUUGCGUUGGUAUCGUGAAGCCAUCAUGCAAUACAAUCCUGGGAGUUAUGUUGACAUUGAUUACGAUGAACACAACUACCGGUUCCGCUAUUUUUUUAUUUCGUUCAAAGCAUGCAUUGAUGGGUUUCGUCAUUGUCAUCCAUUACUUUUCCUCGACGGAACCUUCUUGAAAGGCAGGUUCAAAGGGUUUUUCCUAGCUGCCACCGCGAAAGACAGUAAUCAAGGUUUGUUCCCUCUUGCUUAUGCCAUUGUGGACUCUGAAAACAACAUGAAUUGGGGUUGGUUCUUACAACAUCUUGCCAACGUGGUACCCAGUGACAGGACACUCACGUUCGUGUCUGACCGAAACGUGGGACUUAGUGGGACUUGUGGAAGCAAUGCCUACAUUUUUCCCUACAUCUCACCACGCAUUCUGCCUCCAACAUUUACAGAGAAAUCUACGGGACAAACUACGUUAUGUGAACAGCAUGCAUUGGAUUGGGGUUGUCAGCAAAUUCCAGGUAGACGAUACGGCGAAAUGAGCUCCAAUGCCGCCGAGUCAUUCAACUCUUGGAUUCGCGAAGCACGAAAUUUACCAAUCACCAGAAUGGUUGACAACAAUAGAGGUCAGAUUAUGCGACAAAUGGCGAAGCGGAGGUUGUCGGCCCACACAUGGACAGGCGCAAUUUGUCCCACAAUGGAAUUCCGCUUGGAAGAAGCUUACAACAAAAGUCGGUCAUGGAAAGUGAGUCAGGCGAAUAACGACGUGUACGAGGUCCAUUCAUUCCCAUCUGUUAUGAUGGACAUUGCCACCCGUACAUGUUCGUGUUUUCAGUGGAAAAUAAAUGAGUUCCCAUGUGCGCAUGAUAUUGUCUCAGUGCGAAAAAGCAGGAAAAACCUUGAUGACAUAGUCGUACCUUGGUACCAUGUGUCCGAAUACCGUCUGACGUAUGCACCCACCAUCUACCCAAUACCAACAGUUGAAAAACCACCAUUCAACCCCACUGACUACGUCAUUUGCCCACCAAACGUCAAAUGUCCACCCAGGAGGCCGAAGAAGAAGAGAAUACCGUCUAAAGGUGAGAAUGUGCAACAAAUACGGUGUGGAAGGUGUGGUCGUAUGGGAAACCACAACAGGAAGACUUGCAAAGAACCUAUUUAG